AUGGAACUAGAAUCAAAGCGGCUGCAGUCCCAUAUUGAGGGAAUGAAUGAGGAUAUGUCACAGCUCAGACAUGAUAAUAUGAAAUUGGAAGCCUUGUUAUUGGAGAGAGAAGAAGAAUUAACUUCCUUAAAAGAGCAACUAGCAUCACAAUUGAAGGCCCUAAAUUGCCAAAAUACUAAUUUAAAUUGUUCUGUACAUAGUCCAGUAAUAGCCCAUGAGACCAUUGGCUCUGAAGUUAUCAAUAAGAGAAAACAGAAUGAGAGAGAGCAAGAAACAAGGACUCCAAAUUCGGAGGAUUUGUGUCAAGAGGAAGAUGCUGAGAAAGAAGAAGGAAACUCAUCCUUUAACCAGUCCAAGGAUGUAGGUUUAAUAGCCCAUGCUCCUGAAAAAGAGUUGGAAGAUGAUAAGGAAAUUGCCAAUGAGGGUCCUGUAAAAGAGGGAAGAACAAGUCCAGUGGAUAUUGAUGUUACUGAAAACCUGGCAUCAUCUAGUCAGCCCUUGAAUAAGACAAACAAUUCUCCUUGGAGGAUGGAUCUUCAUGCUCUUCAAGUUUCUUAUAAGAUCAAAAGGUUGAAGCAGCAACUUCUAAUGCUUGAGAGACUGACAGGGAAGCAAGAAAGCCUUGAAGAUACAGAAAGCAAUGCUAAUGGGCAAAUUGGUAUCAAGAGUUUCCUUGCAUUGAUGUCUUUGCUGAAUAAACAACAUGAGCAUAAUCUAACUGCGAGUGGUGGACAUUCUAGUACAGCAAGACCAAAGGAAGAAAUUAAAGCACUACAAAAAUUCCUAGACGAAACAUUUCAGCUGCAGAGACACAUAGUUGCCACAGGACAGAAAUGGGUGGAAAUUCAAUCCAAGAUUGCUUCUGGAUUUGUUGGGGUCACUGAAGAAAUAAAUAAGAUUGCCAGCUUUGACAUGAAACGCUUUGCUGACAGUGUCAGAACUCUCUUUCAGGAAGUUCAAAGGGGCCUUGAGGUUCGGAUAGCUCGAAUUAUUGGAGAUCUUGAGGGGACAUUGACUUGUGAGAGGAUGAUACAUUUAAGGAGGUAG